CUCGCUCUCCCUCUUUGUCCGACCAGCCAAAUCCCCUGAUGAGAAGAAUCCUAUUGGGAAAACCCGUCCCGCUCCUUGCGGUCCUUCUCCGUCGUCAGCCUCGUCGUCCGCACAACAAUGGUGGGUCAGCGCCAGGUAUCAUACAACCGGGCUCCACGACAUGUCCCACUUCAAAUCGCAGGUGGGUCUUCACCGCAACCUCUAUUCCUCCUCCAGAAUGGAUAGAACCCUUCAUUGACCUUUCUGAUAUUGCCUCCAUCCCCCAGAAUCCCAAACCCUCACCGUGGGUUCAACAAAUUAUCAAUCUUCUCGAUGGGUCUCUGGACAUGGAAGCCAAUUUAAGCUCCUUUUGUCGCAAAUUCUUGAUCAAGUUGUCGCCAAAUUUUGUCGCUUUUGUGUUCAAAUCCCUGGAGAAGCCUGAUAUUGCUAUGAGAUUCUUCGUUUGGGCUGGUAAGCAAAAGAAUUACAGCCAUACUCUCGCAUGUUAUGUUUCUUUGAUUGAUGUUUUAUCAGUCUAUGGUAAUCUGGAAAAAGUGAAGUUUGUGUUUACUGACCUUAGGGAGAAGGGGUUCUUAAUGUCAGUGUCGGCCUCAAAUUCUUUGAUAAAGAGCUUUGGAUCUCUUGGGAUGGUGGAGGAGUUGUUGUGGGUGUGGCGUCAAAUGAAGGAGAAUGGGAUUGAACCGAGCUUGUUUACAUAUAACUUUUUAUUGAAUGGGCUGGUAAGUUCAAUGUUUAUUGAAUCUGCAGAGAGGGUUUUCGAGGUUAUGGAGAGUGGGAGAAUCGGACCAGAUCUUGUGACUUUCAAUACAAUGAUAAAAGGUUAUUGCAAGGCAGGGAAAAAGCAGAAAGCAAUGGAGAAGUUGGCGGCUAUGGAGGCAAGAAAUAUGGAACCUGACAAGGUUACGUAUAUGACACUGAUGCAGGCUUGUUAUGCAGAGGGGGAUAUUGAUACUUGUUUAAGUCUUUAUCAUGAAAUGGAGGAGAAAGGACUUGAAACCCCACCUCAUGCAUACAGUUUAGUCAUUGGAGGGCUUUGUAAAGAGGGGAAGUGCUUGGAAGGGUAUGCUAUGUUUGAGAAAAUGAUUGGGAGGGGUUGUAGAGCGAAUGUGGCAAUUUAUACGGCUUUAAUUGAUUCUAAUGCAAAAAUAGGUAACAUGGGAGAGGCAAUAAUGCUCUUUGAGAGGAUGAAAAGGGAAGGUUUGACACCAGAUGCGGUUACUUAUGGAGUUAUUGUCAAUGGCUUAUGUAGGAAAGGGAGAUUGGAGGAAGCCAUGGAGUAUUUCGAAUUUUGUAGAGGUAUUGGGUUGGCAGUUAAUGCAAUGUUUUAUUCUAGUCUGAUUGAUGGCCUGGGAAAGGCUGGGAGGGUGGAUGAAGCCGGGAAACUUUUCGAUGAGAUGGUCGAAAAGGGAUGCCCACCUGAUUCAUAUUGCUACAAUGCCCUCAUUGAUGCACUCACCAAGUGUGGGAAAAUUGAAGAAGCAUUGGCACUCUUUAACAGAAUGGAAGAUGAAGGCUGUGAUCAAACUGUUUAUACAUACACAAUAGUCAUCAGUGGAUUGUUUAGGGAACAUAGGAAUGAAGAGGCCCUGAAGGUGUGGGACAUGAUGAUCAAUAAGGGUAUCACACCAACAGCAGCUUCAUUUAGGGCUCUUUCCAUUGGACUUUGCCUAUCCGGCAAAGUAGACAGGGCUUUAAAGAUAUUGGAUGAGCUAGCACCUAUGGGUGUUAUGCCAGAGACAGCUUUUGAAGAUAUGAUCAAUGUGUUGUGCAAAGCAGGCCGCGUCAAGGAGGCUUGUAUGUUGGCUGAUAGGAUUGUUCGCCGGGGUAGAGAAAUACCUGGAAGGGUUCGAACGAUUCUACUCAAUGCAUUGAGGAAGGCAGGCAAUGUAGAUUUGGCCUUAAAGCUGAUGCAUAGUAAGAUUGGUAUUGGGUAUAACAGAAUGGGUAGCAUUAAAAGGCGGGUGAAAUUCCGGGUUCUUAUUGAAAAAUGAGUCUUCACCACCAUUUAGGUCCUUUGCUGUUAUCGUGGGCACCACCGGCCCAUCGAUCGUAGCUGUGAAACAGAGGUGGUGGCAUCAGAUGCUUACUUUGUAAAUAUGAAGAGCUGUCAACUUGUCUCAACCCACAUUAGUUCUACUAAAUGGUUAUUUGGCUUAACAAUGUGGCAGCGAGUCUAGUGAAUUGUUUGAAGUUGUGAAGACUACCCCAAAUCAUCUCAGCGGGCCGAUGUGGCACUUACUGUACUCUUGCAGUCAGGUUUCAGAUACGAGUUUGGAAAUCUGGGUGUUGGAACAUGAGAAGUUAGAUUCAGAAGGCAUGUGGUGGUAGAAUUUUAAUGACCUUGGUUUGAAGGAAAGUGAAGCAAAACCAAUUUUUUGAAUGACAUUUGAGAAAGAAGAGUUGGCGAAAAGGUUCAAACACUGUUUUGGGUGUUUGAUGGCGAUUGUACAGAACUGUGAUCAGUCAAAUAUUGCAAAGCCCCGAUAUCUAUUAUCGGUCCGAAGCGGGUCAUAACGGCAUUUCGGUCGACCCGGCUUCAUAAUAUUUGGUUCUGUGAUUGUGAUUUUGUUGUCAGCUAUGGUUCUAAGUUAUAAUUGAUUAUUCGGUUCUGUAAAUUAUAUGAUUUGAUUUGUUGUCAGCAAUGCUUCUGUUGUUCAAUCUUUUUCACGGCUAAUGGAUGAUGAUAGAUUGGAUCGGUGUA